CACCCAACUGCUGCCUUCUCUCUCUCUCUCUACACAUCCUCACGCUCUCUACUACAACCGCAUCAAGGCGCGCCUACCUCCAUGCCAGAACGCGACCCAACCAAAUCUUACCCAUCCGAUAUCCCAGCUUGGAAGCUCAUUGUCUUUUCAGUCGGUCCACUACUCUUUAUUGUAGCUGUUGUCCUUUGGUUCUUUGGAAUCCGUCACAUGCUCAAGAUUCGCAAGCGUGAAGCCGCAGAACAGGCAGAGUGGGAGCAAUUCGAUAAUGAUCAGGAUGUGGCUGGACCGUAUCGUGGGAAGGAUGCUGCUUCUGGUAGCAAGUCGGAUGUAUCGUCCAUUAUGACAGGGUCUCGUCGUUAUCAACCAAAACACGCGAAUGACUCGACGAGCGAUGUCAUGACCUUACCACACUACGAGACAACAGAAUCUCCGAGCAUGGUUGAAGUACCUUUUGUGAAGGGAGCAACGUACAUUCAAGCGCCAAGCGAGCAUUAUGGCGAGUCUAUGAAGGAUUGGGGAUAUAGCGAUCCAAAGAUUGCGAAACCAUCAAGGACGCAGUCACCCACGAACCGAGACAAAUCGUCGCGCCUGGAUGUCUAGAAGGCUUCGGGUGCCUUUUCCUUCUCUUUCAUGUUGACGCGCUUUCUAAACAAAACAGCUCUAGCUUCUUCCACUCGUUCUCCUAAUUCAAGCUUCUCCAUUUUGCUUUGCCCAUUCAAGCGAUCGCGCUAGACCUUCUUGCAGCGAUACCGGCGCUUCAUAACCCAAUCGUUCUCUGGCCUUUGAAAUGUCAUAGUAUCGUUGCGCACAAGCAAACUGAACGCGGAACCUGGUAAAAGUGGGUUCUUUACGGAGUACCCAACAGACCCACUCACUCGCGAGUCCCAUGUACGUCGCUAGUGCUUUUGGCAAGACAAUGUAGCUGCCUGUAUGUUUAUGCCCCAUGU